AUGCCAUCAUCCAAAACCGACACAGCAAUCCGCUAUCCUGAGCGUGCUGAUCAACAGCGCCGAAUCCGUGGCGUAACACAAGAUCGCAAGUGGGAGGCCAGAAUGCGCGACAAAGCUGCUUCGAAUCCAGAGAUGCCGUCAAACGCUACGGCAUGGGGACCAGAGAGCACAUUGGAGCUCCAUAUGGACCAGGCAGGGAACCCCCAGCCUGAUCCGUCGCAGUUUAGCGAUGGAAACCGGGCGGCGAGACAGGGCUUGGAAGGCGCGGGCUUAUGA